AUCGCCUCCUCCCCCCUCCCCAGCUAUUUAGUGAUGAUUCAGAUGAGCCCUCCCAGUCCUUCGUUCUCUCCGGGGCAUCCUCCCUAUGCCUCUCUGAGUCUUUUUUCCUCUCCUCCUUGACCCCACCCUCCACCUCCUGCCAACCGGGCUCCCUGUUCCUGUCUUCUGCUUCCUCGUUCCCGCCAGCCCGGCCCCCUGGCCCCUUCCACCUCCCGGCGGCAACCUUCCCUCGCAGGUGCGCCCGGCACCCCCGCGCCCCGCUGUGCGCUUGCGCUCUGCACCCGCCAGAGCCGGGCCAGCCGCCGGAGAAGCUUCUGCGCCGCCGGUGCAGUUUGCGCGGGAUCCGAGCUCCUGGCCGACGCUCGCGCCAGGCUGGGACAGGUGGCUGCGCUCACCCACAAGGCCGCCCUUCUGCCCGCGAUGGGCUGCUCCAGCAGCGCCCUCAACAAGGCCGGCGACGGCAACAGGCUCCGCAGCGAAGAAAGCGAGUCCUGCUUUGCCCAACCCAAACCACAUACUCCGGGAAAAGAAUCAUCGACUCUUUACGGCAAGGUACAAAAGGAAAGUCCUCCUCCAUUAGAGAAGCUCAAGAUUUCAGCAGCAUCUACAGCUAAUGGUGUUAAAUCCCUCCGGGAACAGCCCCUGGCAGACGAUACUACAGACCCACCAGGACCUACAGAAGACGCUCAGCCUUUAGAAGGACCCAGGGAAUCUGAGCCACUUCAGCCGCAUGUCAAAGAUGAUACUCCCGGAGCAGGAGAGAAGAAUGACACGGAAGCAGUGACAGAGGCUCAGUCUUUAAAAGGAAAUGCUGAGACUGAAUCUGCAGGAAGAGAUACGAAGUAUCAGCCGUCGAGGAUCACAGGAGAGAGGGACUCUCCUGGAGCAGUGGAAGGUACUGAGAAUCCACAAACUGCCAGAGAGAUGAAACCUCUAGGAACAGAGGAGGAAGUUCCUCCUCUGGAAGCAGCUAGAGAGCCACAACCUCAAGAAGCAAUGGGAAAGUGUGAACAGACCCAGCUCCCAAAAACAGUUCCCAAGGAGAAUGAAUCUCCAGAAGGAUUGGAAGGGGGUCAGUUUGUGGAAAUGGCUGGAGAGCAGAAACUUCAAGAAACAUUGGGAAAAGAUGAGCAAUCCCAACUUCUAGAAACAAUUCCCAAAGAGAGUGAAUCUCCAGAAACAUUGGAAGGAAGCCAGUUUGUGGAAACAGCUGGAGAGCGGCAACUUCAAGAAACAGUGAUAAAAGAUGAGCAAUCCCAACUUCUAGAAACAAUUUCCAAAGAGAAUGAAACACCAGAAGUAUUGGAGGAAAGUCAGUUUGUGGAAACAGCUGUAAACAAUGAUUUGCUCCAUAAAACUCCUGAAGGUCUAGGAAACAUGGAGCAGAUUCAACCUGAAGGGAUAGUUGGAAGCAUGGAGCAUCCAGUGGGAAUUCUAGAAACAGGAGCUAAUAUGGAAACGGUCAGGAAAAUUCACACUAAUGAAGAGGACCAACACAUUGAAGGUGAGACAGGAGAAAAAGUUGAAACAGAGACGGAGGAUGAGAAAGUAAGUGAAGGGACUGGAACAAAAGAAGAAGAAACAGGGGAAGCUGUGGACGUUUCAGCAGCCAUGUAGAUGGAUGUGGUAGCAGAAGGAUGAAUAGGCACAGGUGUUGUGAUAGAAAAUGUAGUGAAGUGUGUGACUUCGGAUCUGAUUGUGUCUAUAAAUGUCUAUGUGUUUUAUACAAGGAGUAUGGUUAUCAUGUUCUUGAUUACAUUGUUCCAUAAAACUGCUAAGCUGUACACAGUUUUCUCAGGCACUUAGAAUAGUUAUACAUUUAGAACUACAGUAGCCACGGCCAGUAAGGACUAGGGUAUAGGAUCACUGAAGAGUGUGAGGGUGUUUUCUUCACUGUGGCAACACGUCCAUUCAGUUCAGAAAAUGACACCCUGAAAAGAAAGUAUAAACCUUAGGUGUAGGUGGCUGGAGAAAGGAGUUAAAUUUUAGGGAGCAUAUGAUAAUCAAGUAACACAGUUAUAAUUACAACGGGAUAAGAAUGAACAACAUCAGGGCAAACUAUAUCUAGUGGGUUUUUUUUUUUUUUAUUUCGGUUUUUUUUUUUUUUUUCUGUUGAAGAAUUUAAAGCUGGUAGGAACCUACUCACCUUAAGUCUGUCUACUACCAUAGACUCUUAUUUAUGUCGAAGGAGUGCAGUCUCUGGUGCUGUUGCAAGAUCAGGCAUUUCCACACUGAAAGGCUACACGUUUUUCCAGGUGCCAUUUUAAAUCAGUUGUUGAUUUUACACUUAUGUGAAGGGUUUCAUUGGUGUUAUCCUUUUAACUGACAUUAAAG